UACUUGAACAAAAAAUACAAGGUCAAUGUACCCUUUAUACUUAUGAAUUCUUUCAAUACGGACGAGGAGACCAAACGCAUUGUCCAAAAAUAUGGCAAUCAAAAUGUCCGCAUUCUCACUUUCAAUCAAUCACGCUAUCCUCGUGUGAAUAAGGAGUCGUUUCUUCCGAUGCCACGUUCACCCAACGAUGAUAGCAGCGGAUGGUAUCCUCCAGGUCACGGUGACUUGUACGAAUCGCUCGUGAAUUCCGGUUUAGUAGAUCUAUUACUUUCCGAAGGAAAGGAGUACCUUUUCGUCUCAAACGUCGAUAAUCUUGGUGCAGUGGUUGACUUGAAUAUCCUAAAUCAUAUGGUUGAAUCGGACUCUGAAUUUAUCAUGGAGGUCACAGAUAAAACUAGGGCGGAUAUUAAGGGUGGUACGCUAAUUGAUUAUGAAGGUGUAAUACAACUGCUAGAAGUAGCUCAAGUCCCGCCAGGGCAUAUUGAAGAUUUUAAAUCAAUUAAAAAGUUUAGAAUCUUUAAUACCAACAAUCUCUGGAUGAGUUUGAAGGCUAUCAAGCGAGUCAUCGAUAACAAAGAACUCGAAUUAGAAGUUAUUGUUAAUAAUAAGACACUUGAUUCGGGAGUCAAAGUUCUUCAAUUAGAGACUGCUGUUGGUGCUGGUAUCAAGCAUUUCAAGAAUGCUCAUGGGAUCAAUGUGCCGCGAAAGCGGUUUUUGCCCGUUAAAUCAACUUCCGAUUUGUUCCUUGUUACUUCUGACUUAUAUUCGCUGCAUCACGGUGAGCUCAGGAUGAAUCCGCAAAGGGUCUUCCCUACGGUUCCAUUAGUGAAACUCGGUGACGAAUUCAAGAAGGUUUUCAAUUUCCUCAGUCGCUUCGAAUCGCCACCACAUAUUCUUGAGCUCGAUCAUCUCACAGUUACGGGGGAUGUGACUUUUGGGGCUGGUGUUCAAUUGAGGGGGACUGUGAUCAUCGUAGCGAAUCAUGGCAGUAGAAUCGACAUUCCUCCAGGUGCUAUUCUUGAGAACAAGGUAGUCAGUGGAAAUCUUAGAAUUCUUGAUCAUUGA